AUUUUGAGCACACCCUGCGCCGCCGCUGAGAUGCCGAUGAUGACUGUUCUGAAAUGGGCAUGUGUCCUUAGUCUCGUCUCUCUGGUAGCUUCCCAGACAAGAACUGUUACAUACACGGGAGAAAGGGUUCUCCACUGCGUUGGCCCCGCCCCUCACGUUGUUGAAGCAUCAGAACUGCUACAUGAUCCUGCAGUAGACGUGUGGGCAGUUCAUGCUGAUGGCAGUAUUGACAUUCGAGUUAUGAAACAUUAUGAUGAAAUGAAGACACAACUUGAGAAGAUAUUCCAACAGUGCCAUCUGGUCAUACCUGAUCUAGAAGACUUCAUGAGCCAAAUGGAACAAAACGAAAGGAAACAAGCAGUCAAUAGCUCACUCAGUUGGUUUGAGGAAUAUCAUACUUAUGAUGAAAUCAUAGGCUGGUAUCAAGAAUUGAGUUCUGAGUAUUCUGAAUUGGUGAAAUAUGAAGUGAUUGGAUUGUCUGGUGAAGAUCGAGUAAUGCCUGCUAUCAGGAUUGGUGCUGAAAAUGCAAGGGAGAAGAUCUACUUUCAGUGCCAAAUUCACGCACGCGAGUGGAUUAGUGGUGCUGUUUGCAUGUAUGUUGUUGACUACUUGGUGUCAAGUUAUGGCGAAGUAGAGGAGGUGACCAGUUUGCUGGAGAAGCUGCAGAUCCUGGUUGUGCCAUUUGCCAAUCCUGAUGGCUAUCAGUAUACUUGGACCGAUGAUCGCAUGUGGCGCAAGAACAGAGCAAUGAAUGAGGGAAGCAGUUGUAGAGGAGUAGAUCUCAAUCGCAAUUACAAUGAUCACUGGAACGAGGGAGGCAGUUCAAGCAAUCCAUGCAGUGAAACAUAUCAUGGCCACAGUGCAGAGUCCGAACCCGAAACUCACGUUGUUUGCAGCUUCUUCAGGGAUAAUGGACCAAUUAUUGGUGCUAUCGACUGGCACUCAUACUCCCAACUUAUUUUAAGACCUUAUGGUUGGACUUCUGAAGACUCUCCUGAUGAGUCACUGUUGAAGGAAUUGGGUGACGGAAUGAGCCGAAGCGCCUACAAUGUCCAUGGAAUGCAGUAUUCAUCACAGAAGUCAAUUGGAUUAUAUCCUGCAACAGGAACAGCAUCUGAUUGGUUUUAUGGGACUGAUGCUACAUCUACUAAUAAUGGUUAUCGAGCUGCUGGUUUCACUAUUGAGCUUCGUGAUACUGGAUAUUACGGAUUUUUGCUUCCAGCAAAUCAGAUUGUAUUUAAUGGACAGGAGAUGGUGGCAGCUGUUGAAUACUUUCUUAAUUUCUGUCUUAACAAUGCAAUUGUUGUUACUGAGGAAGGAUUUAAUUGAUAUUAAUGUCUACUUGCUUGCUCUAGACUGAAGGUGAUUGUCUCUCAUUUUCUUGUCUUGUCUAGUUAUAUUACACUAUAUUUGUUAUUUUGCUGGAAAGUAUAGUUUUGUAUCGUCUAGUCAAUCUGUUAGUUUUUAUAUGUCAUAUGAUUGAUGCUUCAAAUCAGUGUCAUGAACAACAUUAAAUAUUAUUAUACGUUUGUACA